GUUCUACUGAAAUUUUACUGAGGAAUUGGCAUUGCGUGUGCUCACCAUUCAUCUCCCAAUUGAGUACAAUCUCCAUUGAAUCUUAGAAGAUUGGCAAACCUAUAACCUGACCACUUUUUAUUUUUCAAAUAUGGCAUUUCUUAGCAUAACUUUCAUUAAAGGUAGCUUGAGUUCAGGAACUUCUCUUUUAAACCGUCAACAUCGUAACUACACGAACCCAUGUAUAUCUAAAGUUUCGUGGAGUAUGACUGCCUCAAACGGAAGCGAAUCAGCCAGUCGAAAAUCCAGUGCAUCGGACAAACAACCCUCAAAAAGCGAAUCUUCGCAUAAAGAGAGUCGACAAGAGAUUUCUAAAGCUCAAGAAGUCAAAGCAGAAUCCGCUAAAACCACAACUUCGGAUUCAGGAAAGGCUGUAACUCAGAAACCUCCUGUUGAUAAGGGAGUCGCGAAGGAGCCAGUAGAACAGAAAAAGACUGUUUCCAAUAAACCAAAAUGGUCCAAAGCUCUACCUUUUAUGUUAUGGCCACAGAAUUUAGACGGUACUAUGGCGGGUGACGUUGGCUUUGAUCCUUUUGGUUUCACAAAUGUAUUUGAUGUCAAAUGGAUGCGUGAGGCAGAGUUGAAACAUUGCCGUAUCGCCAUGUUAGCAGCUCUUGGAUUUAUUGUACAAGAGUUGUGGACAUUUCCUUAUCCAUAUUUCUCCAAAGUUCCCCCUGUUUUGGCACAUGAUGUCUAUGUCAAAACCGGUGGCAUGUCACAAAUUCUAUUAUUUGUGAUAUUUUUCGAAGUUAUUAGUUUGUUUGCAGUUUCUCAAAUGAUGGAAGGAAAGAGAGAACCUGGCGUAUUUCAUUUUGAUCCAUUGGGCUUGGCCAAGGAUCCGGAUACUUUUCGUAAGUAUGAAUGGUCGGAACUUAGAAAUGGUAGAUUGGCUAUGAUAGCUGUGGGUGGUUUCAUACAUCAAUAUUGGGUAACGAAACAAGGUAUUUUCGAGCAACUGGCCAACUUUCGUCCAUUAUCUCCAUGAAACCAAUAUUCUCCUAUAAUAAUGUUGUUUUUCCCGUGGCUGCUAAUAAAAGUAGUUUUUAUAGAAAGAACAAUUCAUCUUCAAUGUUGAGUUCAAAUCUCAAUCCAAAGAAAAAUGCUUAAAGCCAAAUUGGGAUCGAUCCAAUGAAGGAAAAAUGUUGUCCAUAUUGCUUUUCCAUCAAAGACUCUCUCUUCUCUCCUUAGAUUUCCAUUAACGCCUCUCUUCUUGGUGUUAUCAACAACAAGUUGCAAUAGGCAAGUAUCUAUUAUUUUUUUCUUGUUUGCUAAAAUUUCACAGAAACAGGGUCUUUUCAUAGGGUAUGAAGCAUCUAUCGACCAUCUUUGGAAUAUUGUUCUGUAUCUGCACCUUGUUCGACACCAGU